GCCCAACGUCCUCUUGUGGAAAACUAAGGCUGUCGUCGUCCACACGCAAAAGGAGAAUACCUUGCUUUCCUGAGUUGCAGCUUGGUAUAAAGGAUUUAUUUCCUCCACAAUAUUGUCAGACUGCUUUCAAGAUGACAAGCUGCAACGAGUCUAUUAUACGUGUGACCAGCGUGUUUAAGGGUGCAUUUAUUCACUCCACACACACUUCCCCGCUGGAAAUUUUGGAAAAUUUUAUUUUGGGAGUUAGUGAAGCUGGAAAGAUUGUGUUUAUUGAAGAUGCUCAUGAGCAGGAGAAUCUUGCCAAGAUGUGGGGAUUCAGAAAUACAGACAUCAGACACCUGAAAGACUGGGAAUUUUUCAUCCCGGGUAUGGUUGAUACUCAUAUCCAUGCAUCCCAGUACAGCUAUAUGGGAACAGGUCUUGAUAUGUCCCUUCUACAGUGGUUAAACACAUACACAUUCCCAGCUGAACUGAAGUACAAAAAAACUGAGUUUGCGGAAGAGGUCUACAACAAAGUUGUGAAAAGAACAUUAAAAAAUGGCACAACUACUGCAUGCUACUUUGCAACGAUUCACACAGAUUCUACUUUGUUACUUGGAGAAAUUGCAGAUAAGAUUGGACAGCGGGCUUUGGUUGGAAAAGUGUGUAUGGAUAUGAAUGAUGCUAUAGAGAAGUACAAAGAAACCACAGAGGAAUCUAUUAAGGAAACUAAAAGGUUUAUUUCAACACUUUUACAAAGAAAGUAUCCGCAGGUAAAACCCAUCAUAACACCACGAUUUGUGCUGUCCUGCUCUGAGAAGCUGUUAAAAGAGCUAGGUUUUAUUGCAAAAAAGAAUGAUCUGCACAUUCAGAGCCACAUAAGUGAAAACACAGAGGAGGUGCAACUUGUAAAGGAAAUGUUUCCCGACUGCAAGUCUUACACAGAUGUAUAUAACAAAUGCAACCUUCUGACUAACAAGACUGUGAUGGCACAUGGUUGCCAUCUCACUGAUAAAGAACUGGACAUUUUCAAUCAGAGAGGUGCUGCAAUCUCUCACUGCCCUAAUUCAAACCUCUCGCUUUGCAGUGGGUUGCUGGAUGUACGUAAUGUUUUAAAGCACAAAGUGAAAAUUGGGCUGGGCACAGAUGUUGCUGGUGGGUAUUCUCCUUCCAUGCUUGAUGCUAUGAGGAGAGCUCUGGACACCUCCAAGGCUCUUACUAUUCAAAACUCCGGGUAUGAGACGCUGACCUACAAGGAAGUCUUCCGCUUAGCUACCCUCGGAGGAAGCCAAGCAUUGGCUUUGGAAGACACCAUUGGAAACUUUGAAGUGGGCAAGGACUUUGAUGCAGUGCUUGUAAAUCCUUCAAUCCCAGAUGGGCCUUUUGAUGUUUUUGCUGGUGAACCUUUUGAGGUUGUUGUUGAAAAGUUCUUAAACUUGGGCGAUGACCGGAAUAUGGUGGAAGUUUAUGUUGCUGGCAAGAAGGUGGUUCCUUUUAAGGAGUGACGAGUCCUUUUGACUCACUGUACAUGAAACUUGCUAUAUAAAAACCUUCAUUACAAGUAUAAACUGUAUUUUAUCAUGUGCUGAUUAAUAUUUUAAACUGCUUUUAAGGGCUCUUCUGUUUAUCUUUUAUAAUCUUACUGCUGCAUUUUUACAGACAAAGCUCUAAUUAUUAGAAAUAUAAUACAAUGCACUUGUUCAGUUUGUUUUGUGCUCCAGAUUGCCUUACUUUUUGUUCCAAUAAAGUAUGUUUUCCACCAA